CCGUUGGUGCCCUUUCUGCUUGACAAUGCGCCACCGCACGGACGACAGCUCACUUGUACUCUUGCACGACAGCAAUGCAACCGACUCCGUCCAAGGCCGCCCCGCGGCGUCGCCAACUCCGACGACGCAGCCAGCGCUCAUCUACCAAGUGGUGCUCUUUGCGAGCCCGCAGUUCUACAGCUUCCCGUGGAAGCCGCUGCUCAACCGCCUCGUCGGCGACACGUACCCCGUGGCCGUCGCCCACUUUGCCCCGCACCACGCCACGCGCGCCAACCUCGCGCUGCACUUUGUAUGCCUCCUCGUGCAGCUUUCGGGCAACUUUUGCUUUCUCACGCUGCUGGACAUGACCGUGACGGGGUCGCGUGCACGUCCGUUUUCGCUGGCGACUGCGCUGCUCUGGUCGGUCUACUUGGUGCUCGGCGCGACGACGGCGCCGAUCUGGUGCAACGUGGCUGCCGUUGCGAGCAUCGUGGCUGCCUACGCGGCGGCACCGGUGCUUCUCCAGCAGCCAACCGCGUUGACGCUGGUGCCACUGGUCCUCUACGUCCUUGUCGCCCUCGUGUCGGGUGUCUCUGUGCCGGGGUACGCUCGCCUCGGCGCGGCGGCGCAAGUCACCAUCUUCCUCGGGCUCUUGCACGUUGGUUGGAUGUACCUGGAGACGUCGCCACCCGCGCCAAGUGACGUUGGGGUGCCCUAUACGCUUGGCUUUUGCACCGUCUUGGUGCUCUUGGCCGCACUGCCCCGCCCCACGCUACCUACCGUGCUGUUUGGUGCACUCGUCGGCCGGUCGCUGGGCAUUUGGACGCGCCAGCCGCUGCUGACGUUGUACUGCUACGGGUACUUCGGCUCGCUCCUGCAAGUGCUGGCCCAUGGGCUCGCCAAGGAGCAAGCGACGUUGCUGGCGCUCGAAGACGAGGGGUCGCUCAAGAAGGUCCGCUACGAGUAUGCUCAUGUGACGUACUUUCCGACGCUCGUGUUCGAAGGCAUGUACUGUGCCGCGUACCGCCCGUGCGACAAGAAGGACGCGUAG